AUGAAAAUUAUUGGGAAUAAUAGGCCGGGCACUGCUACCUCGGUGAUAUCAAUCGGCUCUACUGUAAGAAGAAUACAAAAGAAGUUCUCACAUUCUGGAAAGACAAAAUCUCCAAAACAGGUGAUUACAGUUUUUGAUGCGUUAAAGAAUGUCGAUAGUAUUUCAGAUAGGGAUGAGGUUAAUGAAAAUAUGCUUGAUACUCAAAGAACAGAUAAUAUUGAAGAAAAUUUUAUCGAGUAUGAUGAUAAACUAAUUGAUCCAAGAACAAGGCAGAACAAGCAGGAAGUUCCAAGCCAAAACAUCGACAACAAAAUAGGAGAAAACAAAUAUGUUAGCAGUAACAAGAAAGUUAUUGAUACGGGCAAAGGUAUACAGAGCAUGGAAAUGGAUACGCAGGGACAAGAAGUACAUAAUCCUGUGAAGGGUGCGGCUGUUAAAAAAAGUACAAUUGGGGAAGAUGUGGCCCAAGGUAGCAUAAUGAAAAAUAAAGUACCUCAGGAAACAGAGACAACUCCUUUAUUGACCACAAAUUCUGAAUAUUUAAGUUUGGGAAGACCCAAACAAACUUCACGUAUAAUCACCUUAUUAAGCAGGCACGGAUUUUCAGAAACAGAAGAACACAAUCGGCGUAUCAUGAAUAUUCCGCCGAACGGCAACGAAAUUGAACUUCCUAAUGGACAGGAAAAUAUCAUUUCAAGUGAACUUAAUAAGGUAGUAUUACUUAUGGUGUUCCUUUGUAUUAUAGCUGGCCUAAUAAUUUUAAGUACAGAAAAUAUCCGGCAAAAUCAAAAUUGA